AUUUAUCUGUGGUUAUAAUCAUUUGCUUUGCGUCACUGACUCUACUAAUACAAUUUGUAAAAACAAUUAUUAGCCAAUUUAUACGACUAUCCCCCGUGGUUGCAGUUUAUUGGAUGGAAUUUAAGUUUAAUAAUAUGCAGAUGGGACGCAUGGGAUCGCCGUCGGUGGGGAUGGACGACGACACCGGAGCGGGGCAUGCCCUCAGCGAUUUUCUUUUGCAGCUCGAGAAUUAUAAUCCUUCUAUUCCCGAUUCUGUCGUCGCUCAUUAUCUAAACAUGGCUGGUUUCGAGUCUCAAGACCCUAGGUUGGUGCGGUUGAUAGCGCUGGCGUCACAGAAGUUCCUGUCGGACGUGGCCAACGAUGCGCUGCAACAUAGCAAGAUGCGCACUUCCAGCCAGGUGAGCUCAAGCUCAAAGAGCCAGAAAGGACCGAAGGAGAAGAAAUACAUCAUGACGAUGGAGGACCUGGUCCCCGCCCUCCAGGAGUACGGCAUCGUGGCGCGCAAGCCGCACUACUACGUCUAGGUUACGUCAGUUAUACUCGGCGCAGACGAUGGUGGUUCAUAUAACAGUUGCCAGGUGUAACUCCUCGGCAGUUGCAGCCAUAGCCUAUAAAGACUGCUUACAGUUAAGUGCAAAAUUAUGUUUCGAAAUAAUCGUCUCAUAAGUAUGGUACUACGCUCUUAUUACACCGGACUAAGAUGCUAUGGGACAUAUUUUUGAGUAAGAUGUGUACACCCAUAGUUUUACACUUGGCUUGCAUUACCGACGACGUCAUGACGACCGGUCUGGCUCAGUCGGUAGUGACCCUGCGUGCUGAGCCGCGGUCCCAGGUUCGAAUCCCGGUAAGGGCAUUUAUUUGUGUGAUGAGCAUAGAUAUUUGUUCCUGAGUCAUGGAU